UCACUCCAACUCUUCUCUGUCUUUCUCUCUUUCUCUCUCCUCCUCACUCACUCUCUCUCCUCAACAACCAUUUUUUUUUUCUUGCAACACUUCAUUUUUCUGGCAACACCAUACUUUCUUCCUCAAAACAUUCCCAGAAAAAAGAUUUAUCCUUUUAUUGAGUUUUCUUAGCUCCAUUGUACUCUUCUUCAACCUCUGUAAUUUUCAACUUUUUAGGGUGUUUUUAGUAGUAAACUCCAUUUUUCUAGGGUUUCAAACUUCAUUUUUCAACUUUUUUUUACAGCUUAUUUUAGCCUUUUUAUGUUCUACAUUUACCUGUUUGAUAAACUGUUGAGUGGGUUUCACUUUUUUUGGUUAAGUUUGUAGCCGUUACACUUCCAUUGUAGCACAUAACAAGCAAAAAAGGAAAAAAAAAGUUGGGAUUUUUCUCUUGUAAAUGUUUCUUUUUUACCUGAGAUUUUUCUGGGUUUUGUAGAACUCAUUAAAUUAUGAAAUGGGUUUCUUCCAUUACUAGCUAAAAGUAUCUAAUUUUUUGAAGAAUGAUGAAGCAAGUUAGUGAGUAUAUUCUGUUAUUUCUGUUAAUUGUGGGAUUAGUUCCAAUAAUUAAGAGUUCAUCUUCAUUAAAUUCAUCAUUGAAUGAUGAUGUAUUGGGAUUGAUUGUAUUUAAAGCAGACAUUAAAGACCCUAAUGGGAAAUUAAGUUCUUGGAAUGAAGAUGAUAAUGAUUCAUGUAAAUGGUAUGGUGUGAAAUGUAACCCCAGAUCCAACCGUGUUUCUGAGCUCAAUCUUGACGGAUUGUCACUCUCUGGUAAGCUCGGACGCGGCCUCCUCCAGCUGCAAUCGCUUCGAAAGCUUUCGUUGUCGAAUAACAAUCUCACAGGAAGCCUCAGCUCAGCAUUGGUGAGACUUACUAAUUUAAGAAUACUUGAUUUGAGUGACAACAAUUUUUCUGGUUUAAUGUCAUCUGAUUUUUUUAGACAAUGUGGGCCUUUGAGAAGUAUCAAUUUAGCUAAUAACAAGUUUUCAGGGGAGAUCCCUGAUAGUUUGAGCUCUUGUGUUGGACUUACUGUGCUUAACUUGUCAGCUAAUCAGUUUUCAGGGUCUUUACCUUCUGGGAUUUGGGGGUUACAUGGGUUGAGGUCACUUGAUCUGUCUUCUAACUUAUUAAUGGAUGAAAUUCCAAAGGGAAUGGAUGGUUUGUACAACCUCAGAACCAUUAAUUUGAGUCGAAACCGGCUUACUGGGCCAAUCCCGAAUGAAGUUGGAGGGUGCUCCUUGUUGAAAUCAAUUGAUUUUAGUGGGAAUUCACUUUCUGGGAGUUUGCCAAUUACACUGUUGAACUUGAGUUUUAUAGGGUAUCUUAAUGUGGGAGAGAAUUCGUUUGUGGGCCGAGUUCCUGAAUGGAUUGGAGAGAUGAAAGGGCUUGAGAAUCUGGAUCUCUCAGCUAAUAACUUCUCUGGUGUUUUGCCAACUUCUGUAGGAAAACUUAGGUCUUUGAAGGUGUUUAACAUGUCAAUGAAUGCUUUGAGUGGAAGCUUACCCGAAUCUAUGGCUGGUUGUUUAAGCCUUCAAGUUAUAGACUUUAGGCUGAAUAUGUUGACUGGUGAUCUACCUCAGUGGAUGUUUAAGGUGGCAUUGCAAGAAAUUCUGCUCUCUGAAAAUAAAAUAGGUGGAACCCUAGAUGAUUCUCUCUCCACAGCGGAAGAAGUCUCGUAUCGAAGUCUUGAGGCAUUGGAUUUGUCCCGUAAUGUGUUGACUGGGGCAAUUCCAUCAUCACUUGGUAAAUUCAGUAACUUGGAAUACUUAAAUCUGUCUCAGAACACUUUGACAGGCCCUAUUCCAAGAAAUGUUGGCGAACUAAAAGCAUUGAAUGUUCUUGAUUUAAGCCACAACCGGAUGAAUGGGAGCAUCCCUUCUGAAAUUGGGAACGCUACUUCUCUACAGGAGUUGAUUCUGGAAAAGAACUUCAUUGAGGGGAUCAUACCUACGUCUCUCGAGCAUUGCUCUUCACUCUCAGUACUGAUGUUAUCUCAUAACAGUCUUGAAGGACCAGUACCUCUAGCUCUAUCGAAACUUGUACACCUACAAAUUGUGGACCUUUCUGUUAAUGACCUUAGUGGAACCAUGCCAAAACAACUGGCAAAUCUUCAACAUCUCCGUUCCUUCAAUAUUUCCCACAAUAAUCUCCAAGGUGAACUGCCUGGUGGUUUCUUUAACACCAUAUCCCCGUCUUCUGUAUCGGACAACCCAUCUCUUUGCGGCUCUGCUGCAAAAAGAUCUUGUGCCACUGUCCUUCCCAAACCCAUUGUUCUGAAUCCCAACUCCACUGCUGAUGCCUCCUCUGGUUCUUCUCUACCCCCUACAUUUGUUCACAAGAAGAACCUCCUGAGCAUUUCCUCCCUCAUUGCUAUCGGGGCUGCUGCAGUAAUUGUAAUUGGAGUGAUUGCCAUCACGGUUCUCAACCUUCGUGUCAGAGCCUCAGCAUCUCGCUCCGCUGCUGCCCUCGCACUAUCUAAUGGUGAUGACUUCAGUAAUUCCCCCUCCACAGAUGCCAAUUCUGGUAAGCUAGUCAUUUUCUCAGGAGAGCCUGAUUUCAGCACUGGGACCCACGCUCUCCUCAACAAGGACUGCGAGCUAGGCCGUGGUGGAUUUGGGGCCGUCUACCAAACUGUUCUUCAAAAUGGUCGCUCAGUUGCCAUCAAGAAACUAACUGUUUCAAGUCUUGUCAAGUCUCAGGAAGACUUUGAAAGGGAGGUGAAGAAGUUGGGGAAGAUCAGGCACUCUAAUCUCGUCACACUUGAAGGGUAUUAUUGGACUCCAUCACUCCAACUUCUUAUUUAUGAAUUUGUUUCUGGUGGAACUUUGCACAAGCAUCUUCAUGAAGGAGGAGGUGGGAACUUUCUCUCAUGGAAUGAUCGAUUCAACAUAAUCGUUGGGAUGGCUAAAGGACUAUCUCACUUGCAUCAACUGAAUGUCAUCCAUUACAAUCUGAAAUCCAGCAACAUUCUCAUAGAUGGCUUAGGUGAGCCUAAAGUGGGAGAUUUUGGAUUAGCAAGAUUGUUACCAAUGCUAGAUCGGUACAUAUUAAGCAGCAAGAUUCAGAGUGCACUUGGAUACAUGGCACCUGAGUUUGCAUGCCGAACAGUGAAAAUUACAGAGAAAUGUGAUGUUUAUGGGUUUGGGGUUUUGGUCCUUGAAGUGGUGACUGGAAGAAGACCUGUUGAGUACAUGGAGGAUGAUGUAGUGGUUCUAUGUGACAUGGUAAGAGGAGCACUCGAAGAAGGGAAGGUGGAAGAAUGUGUUGAUGAGCGGUUGCAGGGCAGAUUCCCAGCUGAGGAAGCCAUUCCAGUUAUGAAAUUAGGUUUGAUUUGCACAUCACAGGUUCCAUCAAACAGGCCUGAUAUGAGAGAAGUGGUUAAUAUCUUGGAGUUGAUCAGGUGUCCUUCGGAAGGCCAAGAAGAAUCAGCGUAAGUACUAUAUUCGGACAUGCCUAGACAUUAACAUGCCAAAGUUUCACCUAUUGAGUUAUCCGGCGAAGAGGAAUCCGGUCUGUGUAUUAGCCAAAAACGAGCAGGAUGUUGUUGAAAACCAAUUUGUUCUCAUUGUUUUGUUCAUUAUUUUUGGCCUUAAUUUCUGCUUUUGUAGUUCUCAGUUCUCACUGUAUGUUGUAAGCAGGAAGUAGUUUUUGCCGGAUUCCUCUUCACCGGGUUUAAAUUUGGCAACCCAUUUUGGAUAUCCUUAGGUAGUUUUUAAUCUUCUGUUUAUGAUUGUGAUGUAAAAUUGUAAGUUGAUAUUCUUGGUUGAUUCUAACCAUUGCUUCUGAGUG